CCACAUGGAGACUCCUGGGAGGUGAGGGUUGGCCGGGGCCAUGGUAGCUCAGGCUGUAAGAAGCCUGUUAUUAAAAAACACAGCAGCCUGCAAUUACUGCAGGUUCAAGCCCGGCCCAAGGUUGACUCAGCCUUCCAUCCUUUAUAAGGUAGGUAAAAUGAGGACCCAGAUUGUUGGGGGGGCAAUAAGUUGACUUUGUAAAUAUACAAAUAGAAUGAGACUAUUGCCUUAUACACUGUAAGCCGCCCUGAGUCUUCGGAGAAGGGCGGGAUAUAAAUGUAAAUAAAAUAAAAUAAAACAAACCAGGGGUGGGAUUUGGAGGUUCUCUGAACUGGCCAUAACAUUAGCUACUGAUUUUCCUGAACCCGUAUAGCAGCCCACCCCUGAGGGUGAUACCUUGGCAGAAGAACUUGGGUUAUGAGCAAGGUCUCCUGCAGACCAUCUGAACAUCCAUGGAGCCUGAAGUACCUCCUUGAACUCAAAAGAAGCCUUUAGCAGAAUAAUACCGGAGUUUGCAUUUCAUACCUUUGAUCGACACAUGAGAGAUGCGAAGUAGCCUCCUUCCAAAUUGGAGUGCUUUUUAGUGAGAUUCGUGGAAAUUGGAGGGAGGGAAAACACUUAGCACCACCACCACUACAGACUAAAUUGUAGGCAAAGGCAUUGUUGGGUGCUUGGAAAAAAAAAAGUUGCAACAUUGGUGUGUAAAUGGAAAUAAAAAUCCGGUAUCUUGCUUUGAUGGGAUGGCACCCACGAAUGGUAGGCAGGGAUGAAAAAAUAAGAAUGCAACGUACAGAACAAGAGACAUUUUCUCCAUUCCAUCUUAAUUAAGAUUUAGCCGCAGACUCAAUGCUGACUAUCCUUUUAGAGAUAAAUGGAGCAGUUUGUGAGCUGAGGUUGAGAAUCAAAGAGGGCUGAGAAUCAAAGAGACCACAGAAAAGGAUCCAUUUCAGCUGCAUUUUUUUUUCACCUGGCCUGGAAAAACGUGGAUUUAACUGCCAGGAUUUUAAAGAGAUUACAAAGAGAGGUGAAGGUCCCAUGCCUUGGGUGUUAAAAAAGUCCUUGAAUCAAAAUCUUAAGAUCUCCAGAUAGAUCUGGAAAAUAUAUCUUAUCUGGUAUCGGGGAAAUUGAGAUAAAUCCAGAAAUUCAGAUCAGUGCUCUGAAUGAUUACAAGUUAGGAUUCUAGGAUUUUUAUAUAUUGGAAGAAAGGGAGAUCAGCUCUAUACCAGCACAGACCCACUGUCGACAGCAGCAUUUCUCAACCUUUGUAACUUUUAAGAUGGGUGGACUUCAAUUUCCAGAAUUCUAGGAGUGGAAGUCAACCUGUUGUGAUCCAGGCCUAAGCACGUAGUAGGAAACUCAGUCAGUGAAAAAACAACAACACUUUAUUCGAACAGCUGAGAAUUACUUCAUUCUCAGCUUAGUCCAACUAAAUUAAAGCAAAUGCCUCCCAACACAAAUUCCUCAAUCCUAUCGCAAACCUUGGUCCAAUUAGGCAAACUGCCAAAGGCCUUUCUUGGCAAAUGUUCAGAAGUCACAAAAAUAAAUGCAAGACAUAGACGAAGCAGAAGAUGAAGCUACCAACGUUGUUUUCUGGCAAAGCCCAAACACUCUUGCUGGUCUGUUUUAAACCUUAUGGGAGGGGCCAAUCAUCUCUUGGCCUUACUCCCGAGUCGUCCUCUUUGCUUGCCUUCUGGCAGCUCUUCUCAUGCAUGCAUUAAGAACAGGCUCCUCCUGUUCCCCUGCCUCUCUACUAUCAGUCUCUGGAGGCUCUGGAGUCCGCACUUCACUCCCUGAUGACCCUGGUCCCAUCUGAGCCUCAUUGCUAUCCGACUCCAUUGCCAGUUCAGCAGGCUGCUGGCGGACCACAACGCAACCCAUCUUAAAGAUGCCAAGGUUGAGAAAUAUUGUCUCACAGUUUUUGGCAGUAACAUCUCAUAUCCCAUCUAGCAAAGUAAGGGAAGGAAGUAGAGGAAUGUUCAUGGGGCAUCGCAAAGGCAGAAGUCCAUCUCUAUGAGAGUGGCGUUAACUGUGGGUAUAACACAUACUACACCAGCUUAUGGGAGAUGGUCUAUGUUGGUCCUCAUAAAACUAGCUUCCUUCUGUAAAAUACAAUGUUCACAUGUUCAGAACACAGAGGUUUCUGGUGCCUUCAAAUCAGUUGCAAAUCAAUCUACUCCAAGAAGCUUUGAUGAUGGUGGUGAGAUUCAAAGUUGCCAGGUAAGAAUGUAGAAUGCAAAUGAGGUGGGCGGGUCCGCAUAAAAGAUAGGUUUGUGACAUAUACAGCUCCAGUUCAGUGCAUGGUUUAAUGAGUCACUGGAGGGAAUCCAUGGAUACAUUAAAUAAAGGUAAUCCUUCAUGGACUUGAUCCAUUGAGGUGUUUUGGUGGGUGAUAGAAAGGAAGCGAUUACAUCACAGAUCUGGUACUGAUGCUUCCAAAAGUCCUUAUGCUUCUUUUCGUCUUCCUGUGGCAAGCCAGUGCUGAGAAGGAAGCACCAUCCCUUAAUGACACCGUAAUUAUAGGCAUGAGGCUGGAGAAUAGUAGCAAGGCCCAGACAGCCAUUUUGGGAAAUGGCAUAAUCCAAGUGAUGGAAGGAAGCCUGAUUUACCUUCGGAUCUAUGGUAAUGGCAUCCACAAAUUCAGCUGGCAGAGGAUCCGGUUUGUGGAGAUGACUUCCUUGAGUACUUUAAUCAGGAACUUUUUAGACUGCCCUCAAAGAACAAGCGAUCUAUUGAUACAGCCGUACAGCGGCGACGUGCAAAAUACUUCUGCCAUACUCUCUGUGAAGAUCCAGAUCCUGCGGAAGAAUAUCCACUUCAAGGACUACAUGAUGUGCCUUGAGGAUCAUCGUGGGAAAUCACGCCAGCUGCUCAAGGAUAAUCACCUGACCCUCCGAGUGGUAGAGGACAAAAGUUUGCAGCUACCCCGCUGGCUUGAAAUUACAUUAGUCGUUAUCCUCUUGGCGCUCUCGGGAGUGUUUAGUGGUCUCACCCUAGGCCUAAUAGCCCUUGACCCUAUGGGAUUGCGCAUUGUGAAAAAUUGUGGCACGCCCAAGGAGAGGGAAUAUGCCACCAAGAUCGAACCCCUCCGAAGGAAAGGGAAUUACUUGCUCUGUUCUUUGCUGCUCGGUAACGUUUUAGUUAAUUCUUCUCUCACCAUAUUGUUGGACACAGUUAUUGGGGAAAACGUUUGGUCUAUUGUGAUCUCUACUAUUGCCAUCGUCCUCUUUGGGGAGAUCCUUCCACAGGCCAUCUGCUCCCGUCAUGGUUUAGCAAUAGGUGCCAACACUGUCUUCAUCACCAGGUUGGUUAUGUUAAUCACGUUCCCGGUCGCUUACCCUAUCAGUAAACUCUUGGACUACCUCCUUGGGAAAGAAAUGGGCACUGUCUACAACCGAGAGAAGCUGAUGGAGAUGAUUCGAUUGACUCAACCUUACAACGACUUGAUGAAAGAAGAGCUGAAUAUCAUCGAAGGAGCCCUGGAGUUGAGGUCUAAGACGGUGGAAAGUGUCAUGACCCCGUUAAAAGACUGCUUCCUGCUCAGCAGCAAUGCCAUCCUGGACUUUGACACAAUGACUGAGAUCCUACAGAGUGGCUACACCCGGAUCCCAAUUUACACGAAGGAAAAGGCGAACAUUGUUGACAUGUUGUAUGUCAAAGACCUUGCAUUUGUCGAUCCAGAUGAUUGCACCCCAAUCAAGACAAUCACCAAGUUUUACAACCACCCAAUCCAUUAUGUCUGCAACACUACCAAACUGGAUGCUGUGCUCGAAGAAUUCAAAAAAGGUAAGUCUCACCUGGCCCUUGUCCAAAAGGUUAACCAUGAACAAGUCUUAGAAGUGGUGGGCUUAGUAACCUUGGAGGAUGUCAUUGAAGAAAUCAUCAAGUCUGAAAUCGUGGAUGAAUCAGAUAUUUACGUUGACAAUCGAUCUAAAAGAAAAGUCACAGGGCUAAGGAAGUGGGAUUUCUCUGCUUUCAGGGAUUAUGAAGUCGAAACAAAGAUCUCCAAGCAGCUACUCUUGGCUGCCCAUCGCUUCCUCUCCACAGAGAUCCUGCAAUUUUGCCCCAGCCUCAUCUCUGAAAAAUACCUGCUGCGUUUACUGAAGCACCAUGAUGUCAUUUGUGAGCUGAAAUUUGAUGAGAACUUCAAGGAAUCUCCCCACCAUUACUUGUACCAACGGAAUAAGAUGGCAGAUUACUUCAUCCUCAUCUUGCAGGGGAAGGUGGAGGUAGAAGCAUGUAAAGAAAACAUGAAGUUUGAGAAUGGACCCUUCUCCUACUAUGGGUUCAUGGCUCUUGGGCCAUCUACCCCAGCAGGGCUUGAUGCCAGCUCUGUGGCUCGUUUGAACAGUAUCAGCCGGAAGAGCUACGAACAGAUGAGUUCUGCCUACAUCAGCAGCAUCAGCACCAACCAGGUUCUCCCCAGCACCAGCCUGCAAUUUAUGGCUGACUUUACUGUCCGAGCCCUUACUGACCUCCUGUAUAUCAAGAUCACACAGGAGCAAUACCAGAACUGUUUAAUGGCCUCCUUAAUAGACAGCAAUAACUCUGGCGAAGCUACUGUUAAGACACCUGACCUCUUGAACCCUCUCCCAAACAGUUCUCCACCCACUAUGAAAGUGGUCAAAGAAGAAACAUCUGUAUCAGAAUAAGGGGGGGGGGCUGCACAUCAUUCAAACAGAUCACAAGGACCUGAUUCUAGAAAGCCUUCUGCUCUAACCCCAACAUUUGCCUUCCAGUUGUCAUCUGAAGUCCUUUUAUCUCACAAGAUAAUCCCUCUAUCAUCUUCAGGAUGGCAAACUCUGCAUUUGGGAAGUGAGGAAGCUCUUGUCUACCUAUGGUUUUCCCUCCCAAAAAUGCACUCUACAUCUUUCUUUAUUUUUGGUUGUUUAGGGACUGCCACUAAUACAAGCUGUUUUAUUUUCUAUAUAUCAAUGGGUGAGGAGAAAGAUUUUCAUUGAUCCUGUGGCUCAAAAGGGAAAGGGGUGAGAGACCCCUCUCCUCACAUGUUUGCAAUGAGAUUUGCCUGCCUGCCCUUCUUACUGAAUUAACAAAACAAAGCAUUAUUAAUGCUUAUUAAUAAAACAAACUCAAGCAUGUCUUGAGCCUCAGGAAUGUUUUGCAUAAACUCUGUUGAAGUGAGUACAGCUUGGCAGCCAUUCCUUCACUGCAGAAGUUUCUAGAAUAUAUUUUUAUAGGCUUGAUUCUGCUUAAAAGGAGUACUUUGGAAGGUUCCAGAAUAUAAUUCUGCAGCAAAAACAUGCUUAUUUCUAUGAGACAGCAAAUACUUAGGGGAUUAUACUUGGAGAAGUAGAUGACAUCUCCCAUUUCAAAAAGCUACCGAUUUAACAAGUGGAUUGUAAUUAUUUUCGUCUGCUUUUCGGUCUGUACUUUUUCUUAUCAUAAAUCAGCUCACUAAUUUAUUUGAGUUUGCCAUCGGCCACUUUGAUAGAAAUGUGUGUUGUUGUUUUUUCUUUUUAAAUGUGGAAUUUCCUUACGUAUGAAAUUAUGCUACCUGCUCAUAUGUAAAAUGGGGUUUCUACUUUUGAGUUGAUAAUAAAAUGCACAUUUAUUUCUACCCUUUUUUUGUCCUUUGGAUGCAUUGUGUCAGGAUUUGAUAUUUAAAAAUGGACAUCCAGAGUAUGGUUUUAAAAAAAAAUAUCAAUAUGAUGUGAUGCCUAAAAAUGGACAGAGAUUCAAUUGUACUUUUAUUGGUGCCGUCUUCAUUUUUUGACCAUACUUGAAAAUAUCUAUGUUCUAUGAAUAUUAAAGGUCACGCUCAUGUCAUGAGGCCCUAUGUAAUUAUCUAUUCUCUUGGCUAGUCCAUAAUAUUCGAAAUAAAAGGCAAAGCACAGCUCUCAAACACCAAGAAAAGCAAAUCAAUUGAUGCCAGAGGCAGACCAUCUUUAAGCUCAGAUGCCACUACAAACUUGCUUUCAUCCAGGGGUAAAACCCACUUACCUUCGCUAC